GCCUGCCCACGCGAUUCCGGAUCUAGGAGUCCAGGAAAACUGGCGGGGGUCAAAGGUGGGAGGGAAAUCCCGGCAUCACUAUGGGGCCGCAGGGGCUUGUCGCAGGUGGUUUAAGGCGCGGACUCCAAUUUCGCUUCGAAACUAUGAGCUUGGCCGGGUUUUCUCUUGCGCUCCAGGCCGGGGAGGAGCCGUGGACCCGAUAAAGCGGCCGAAGGCGGGGCGAGCGUGUGCUCAGCCCGGAUUGGCUGUUGUGAGCUGUGCGGGGUUUGGCGGGAGCGGCGUGAAGUUGGUUAGCGGUGCGAGCGGCCCCAUGGCUCUGCGGCGGCGGUUGCAGUCCCCCGGGCGCGCCGGUUCGAGAUAUUCAAAGAACAUUAUAGGAAGAACACAGUCCACGAAAGAUAAAACUGACAAGAAGACCAAGUCUCCAGAUGUGUUUGAUUUUCCCGAUAAUUCUGAUACCUCAAGCAUUGGCAGGCUGAGUGAAAAUGAGCAAGAUGAAGAACCUUAUGAAACCUUUGCUCCUCCUUUGCACAGCACUGCUAUAUAUGCCGAUGAAGAAGAACUCUCCAAACACUGCAGAUCAUCUGUCCCUUCAACUCCUCAAGGAAAAGAAGCAGAAAGAAAUUUGAACACUUCUGAAAAUGAAGAAAGUGAAAAUGAAUCUGUAAAAGCGAGUGCAAAAAAGCCAGGAAGAAAACCUAAGCCCAUUGACGAAUCUGAAAGCACCGAAGAAAGUGAUGUAAGAAGAAAAGUUAAACCAGCAGAGAAAAUAAGUACACAACAACAUGAAUCUAUUUCAGCUACAGCAUCUUCAGAGCUUUCAGUAAAACCAGCUGAAUCAGUCACUCCUAAAAAAAUAGGACCCCCUAGUGCAAAAUCCUCUGUUGAAAAAGAGACUGUAGCAAAAAAAAGUCAACAGAAAGCUCAGAAAAAGAAGAUGUCUCAUGGCAAAAAGAAGAACUCAAGAAGUGAAGGAGUAGACUCAGAUAGUGAUGUUUCCGACUGUGUGCAUAUUUGGUGUGAAGAAGGAAAGAAAACUGGUGACAUCACGGAGUUGGGUGUUAUUUUGUCUGCAUUUGAGAAGACCAUCCUAGAGUAUAAACAAAGAAUACAAUCUAAAAUUUGUACGGAGGCCAUCAACAAAUUUUACUCUAAUAUUAAAGAAGAACUCAUCAAAUUGCUUAAAGAAGUGCAGAUGUUGAAAAAUCUGAAAAGGAAGAAUGCUAAGAUGAUUUCAGAUAUCGAAAAGAAAAGGCAACGUUUGAUUGAAGUCCAGGAUGAACUACUUCGGUUAGAACCACAGCUGGAACAGCUACAAACAAAAUAUGAUGAACUUAAAGAGAGAAAAUCUUCACUUAGGACUGCAGCAUAUUUCUUGUCUAAUUUAAAACAGCUUCAGCAGGAUUAUUCAGAUGUUCGAGAAAAAGAACCAGAUGUCAAGGAAACGUAUGAUUCAUCCAGCCUUCCAGCUUUGUUAUUAAAAGCAAGAAGCCUUUUGCGAGCGGAAAACCAUCUGCAAAAUAUCAACCAUCAUUUAGAGAAGCUCCUUGACCAGGAAUGAGGAGACCAGUCUACUAAGAUAUGCCUCUGUAAGAUUAGUCUCAAGAUAAUGUCUCUUAUUUUCUGCACCUGUACUUUUAUAAAUAAAAAUAAGGGUGGGAGGGAAUUUACUUCAGUUCUCCAAGUUGAACAUUUCCUUUUAUUACAGCAAUAUUCAGAUAUGUGAGAACAUAAGUAUGGCCUAGUCACCAUACUUUAUUACUUUGUCACUCAUAUGUCUCUGACAAUGUUAAAUAACAUCAGUUUGAUUGUAGAAAAAAUAGUUGGAGUCCAGAAUCAUCUUUCCUGGUCAUUGUCUUGAGUAAGGUUUUAAAUGUUGAUAUCUUAUCCCUAUCCUCAUCAGCCCCAGACAUAUGUAAGUAAAAAAUAAUUAGAAAACAAUAUCAUAAAACUUGGUUGAUGUAACAGGUUUAAUAAGUUAAUAAGUUAUUAAAGCCUGGUUAUAAAAGUAACUGUCCUUAGUUAAUUAGCUACUCUUGUAAUACUUCUAUAAUUAGUUCAUCAGGAAUUUCAUCCACUCCAGUACUGUAACUGAGAAGACUUUCUGCAGCUUCAGCUAAUUCAACAUCUUCAAUAGCUUCUAAAAAAUAAGGAUCAUCACCACCAUUAUCCCAGUCAGCAUCAGAGCACACACCUUUUGACAACUUAGUAGAUGACAGUUUAUGAGGGUUCUUGGCUUCAUUGUGCCUAGUUUCAUCUGUUGUAAAUUCCUCUUCCUUUGUUUCCGUGGGGAAAGGGAAGGAAGAGAGGAUGGAGAGAAAAAAAGGUUAUUCAGUCAUGUGAAUAUAUUGAAUCAAAAUAUAAGAUCAGUUCUUCAAAAGAUAUUAAAAUGGAUUCACUAGAUAAAUAUUGUCUCCAGUACAGUAACUAUGGGAAUGAGUUUACAAACUUGAACAUUGCUGCCAUUGCAGCUCAAACUGAUUCUGUGGCAGAUUUUUUUCCCAUAUCCCCAGAUGGGGCUAGAGUACAAGUAGAUUUAAUUUUUAAACAACUGGAGAGUUCAGCUGAAAACAAAUUGGAACACACAUUUGCUAAGUUGACAAAGGACUUCCUAAUUUGUAAAGUACUUUAAAAAAUAAGAACCCCGGGUUGAAAAAAGUUGCUGUAAUGACAGUAUGGGACAAUUGUAAAAAUAUGACUAUGGAUUAUAUAUUAGAUAACAGAAUUAUAUGAAUGUUAAACUUCCUAUUAUUAUCAUAGAUACAUAAGAAUGUCUUUAUUUUUCCGCUACAUGAAUAUUAAGAUAUUUAAGGACUGUGAUGUCUGAACUUACUCUCAAACAAGUCAUCAAAAAUGUAUAAGUGGACAGAACAAAUGGGGACAAAUAUUAAAAAUUGGGAAAUCUAGGUAAAGGGCAUAGAGAAAGAGUUCCUUAUUUUCUAGCAACACUGUUGUGGAUGUCUAAUUCCCUGUAAUUUUUAUGGAGAGCAAUUUGGAACUGUGUAUUACUGAAAAUAUUUGUGACAGAUGAAUAAAAGGCCUACAAAAUA